AGCGCUGUCGUUAAAACCAAAACAAAUUGAAACAGAUGUAAGAAACACACCAAACGAAUAAUUAAACGUGGCUCUCUGUAAGGCUUCAUUGCACUUUGAUAGGUGUUUGAGAAAAGACAGAAAAAAAACUCUUUCGAAAAUCCAAUUCUUUUUUCUACCUGUAAGCCUCUUUUCCCAUAAUGCAACAGGCGAAGAGGAGAAGGGGGGAAGCGACAGAAAAGUCAAACAACUUAACUGGGUUCUAGAGACAUCCAAACCCGUAAAUAGUUUAACGCGUUUAUUGUUGAUAUUGUUAAAUCUUUAAAGGAACAAACGCUACUGCUUGACAGCUUCCGCUCUGUCGGUCAUCGUUUGCCAGAGUUCGAUUGUAUGUUUGGAGCCGAAUUAGCCUAGCCUAGCAUAGCUUAGCCUCUCAUAGUUUAGGUCGUUUCAUUUUUAACCUAGCCUAGCUUAGCCCUUCUUAUUUUAACAUAGCUUAGCUUAGCUCAAUCCCUCCGCUGGGAAACGAAUACGAUGGGUACUUAGCCGGCUAGCAUUAGCACGGCAGCUUCGGCUCGGGCUCGACUGUCACCCGUAACGUUUAAUGAGCACAAAAGAUCCCGCAUCCCGGGACAGAUGCGGAAGGAGAAGAGUGAUGGCAGCACAGCUAUUUGCAUGACAGGCUGUGGGUAACUUAAUGAAACAACACUUUGGAUAGCAUCCUUUAGCCAUCAGACUCGCCCUUCUCCCUCAUCAUACGGAGGGACUCUCAGAAUGAAGAAGAUAAGCCUUAAAACGAUCAGAAAGUCAUUUAACAUAAACAAGGGUAAGGAGGAGGGGGAAUUUGUGGUGGUUCAGCCGGCACUGGCUGCCGACUUCGCGAAAGACGAUCCGGUUUUUGGAGGUUGCUACAGCAAAGAGCUCGCGACCUGUGACCUUAGUGCUGAAGAGGACAAGGGACAUAAGAACCGGUCCAAGAGUGAGAGUCUCAUGGGUACACUGAAACGGCGCCUCUCUGCGAAACAGAAACCGAAAGUUAAAGGAAGCGCUCCCUCACUUGGCUCAGUGGACGACGACACGUUUUCUUCUAACUCUGCCCCGAUCAGCUUUAAUGAAGUAAAAACUCAGCGCCCCUUAAGAUCCACGUCUCUCUGUAGUCAUCAUUAUAGUCCUACCCCGUGGCCACUUCGACCUGCCAACUCGGAGGAGACGUGCAUCAAACUGGAUACCAAGGUGAAAGCCUUGGUGCAUUCGCCCGGCCCCAGUCCAGCUCUCAAUGGUGUUCGGAAGGAGUUUCAUGACCUGCGGAUGGACAGGCUUUUCCAAAACCCAAGUAAUUCACUGAAAAACUCUGAGCCACAGAGUGACGACUUGCAUAUAAACAUUGAAGACUUGCCUGUGGUUAUUGGACUCGCUCCUCAGGACUAUAUUCAGUACACAAUGCCUUUAGAUGAGGGAAUGUACUCUGUGGAGGGAUCACACUCAUACUGUUUGGAUAGCUCCUCACCCAUGGAAGUGGUGUCACAAGUCGAGAGGGGUUCUCCCCCAGUGGAGGACGGACAGAUUGACACUGACUUGGUGAUAUCACCUGACAUCUUUAUGGAAACGUCUCUUAACGGUCUUCUGAUUGGUACCACAGGUGUGGUGCUUCAGAGCUCCAGAGGCAGCGGUCCACCACUCUCACCUUUGCUACCUCCACUCCCUGGCAGCCAGAUUCAGAGGAACUUCAGGCGGCUGAGUAGUGCUGACGCUCAGGUCGUGGAAAGAAUGAGACACCACCUAAAUUUCGAUCCCAACUCCGUUCCAGGCGUCGGCAGAGUUUAUGAUUCUGUUCAGAACAGCGGGCCCACGGUGGUGACGAGCCUCACGGAGGAGCUGAAGAAACUGGCAAAGCAGGGAUGGUACUGGGGCCCUAUAACUCGUUGGGAGGCGGAGGAGAAACUCAUCAACCUACCAGACGGCUCGUUCUUGGUGCGAGACAGCUCUGAUGAUCGCUAUCUGCUGAGCCUGAGCUUUCGUUCCCAGGGUAAGACGCUUCACACGAGGAUUGAACAUUCAAACGGCAGGUUCAGUUUCUAUGAGCAGCCUGACGUGGAAGGUCAUACGUCAAUAGUUGACCUCAUUGAGCAUUCUAUAAAAGAUUCUGAAAAUGGAGCAUUUUGCUACUCCAGGUCUCGCUUACCAGGGUCUGCGACAUAUCCUGUUCGACUGACGAACCCUGUUUCCCGGUUUAUGCAAGUGCGUUCACUGCAGUAUCUCUGUCGAUUUGUUAUCCGCCAGUAUACACGGAUAGAUCUUAUUCAGAAACUGCCUUUGCCAAACAGAAUGAAAGAUUACCUGCAGGAGAAGCACUACUGAAAUGCUUAAAAUGGGACAUAUUUGCAACUUGCACUUUUUGGGUUCAGUAAUAAAAUGAAACAUGGUUUACAAGCAUCCAUUGGUUAAAAUGUGUUUGGUGCCAUCAUAUCCUUGUGUCAACAUGACUGUUGUAUACUGAACUGACAGCAUGAAGCUUGAGCAGUUUGAUUUGUUGUUGCUCAGAUCUGACUUGUUAAACAGAAAUGGUCUAAAACUAAUUUGCUUGCAUUUGUAUGAAAAUUUUCCCAAAAAACAGAAACUUCUCUAGAAAAUAGAGACCUGGGGGGUGGGGGGAGCCAUGCAUCAGUUAUUCUGUUUAUUUCACUAAACACGUAACACAAAACAAUAAAAAAGAAAAAAACUUGUUUACCUUAGUUUACAGCAGGCCCAUGAUUUUGGGCAAUUUGAACUAGUCAACCUGAUUCUCUGCAUUGAAUCUUACUUUUAAAGACUCAUUGUUUAGCGUUACUUUUACAUAGUCCAUUACAAAUGUAGAAACCCAAUACAGGGUUCUCAAUUUCAGUUUAUGUCUGUAAAUCUACGGGAAAUAGAGAAAUAAGCAAACUGCUUCUGAAGCCAAAGUCGCUGCGUAUCUAAUCAGCAUGCAGAAUGAAUUGAAUCUCCCCUUUUGUGUAUCGUUGAUCACCUGGUUGAAUUGGACCUGCUUGAGAGCUCCUGAAACAAUGAGUGAUUAUUCCUUACAAGAUUUGAAAAGCACAGCUCUUCCUUUCCCAAGUCGGUUAGCUACCUGCUUAUGUCAGUGAUCAACAUCACUGUUGGAGACCAAAAUAUGAUUCGGAUGUUUGUCGUCAUCCCUACUGAGUGUUUAUCCCUGGGAGAUGGGACAUGGUGAUUAAAGGCUUAAAGGUUCCUGCCUUUCGGUUAGGGACUGGUUAGGCUGAUUAGUGCACGCAUUGAAUUGAAACUGCUUCCCCAGUAAUAAAGGCACACCUUAUUCAAAAUAAGAUGAAUUCAGGGAAUUUCUUAUGUGACAUACUGUUAUUUAAAUAACUGUAUGGUACAAAGAUGUUUAAUAGAAUUUGGAAUGAUCUUGAUAUUAACGGGGGGCAGGGGCUUCUUACUGUGCUGUUCAACUACCCAUAAAUGUUUCACAGCACUUUGUUAGAAUGUCUUGCGGAAAGUUUUGCAAGCUGCAGAACCACGCUUUAAAUAGACACGCGUUUAUUUGAAUCCUCCUCUUCUCUAAAAUGUCCUCCUUACUACAACUCUUAAUGCUUCUCAUGUUCUCUACAAGGCCUGAAUUUCAAAUGCUUCUGCCAUGUCUGCUGUAUUGAAAAAACAUAUGUUGGUAGGAUCAUUCUGCUGUUAGUGCUAUGGGUGUGUAACUAAAUGUGGAAUGAUUUUCGAUGCCCAGUUGUUGGACAUGCCUAAUGGUGCACAUCAGAGCAUUUAUGAAAUACCCUUUAGUGUGAAGUUGAUCCCCUUGUUUUUUUGAUGGUUCUGAAAUUCAUUUUUGGAAGUUCCCUGAGAUACAGAAACCGGAAAAGAAAACUCCCCGGUUCUCAAAUAACUCUCUAAAGCUGAUUGUUCAACAUUAGUGUUUAUCCUUGAGCAAAAUACAGUAUUUAAAUAAAUUGUAAUAGUAUUUGAAUAUCAUUUUUUCAGGUAGGUGACUCGAUGCACAAACAUUAUCCAAAAGGUUCUGGUAUUCAUUAGCCUGACUUUAAACAUCUGUGCAACAACAAAUUGAGAAACUGGUACCUAAGUUGUAAGAGUUGUGCCGUACGAGGGAAGGUUGAUGUGUUUGUAUGGAAAUGCCUGCUACAUUGUUUUGUUUUUUUUCUUCUUCUCUCGAUCCAUUUGGGCACUUAUUUGAAUUUGGCCUCCAGACUCAAAGUAAUUUUUGAAAGUCCAGUACAUAGGCUGACUGUUAAUGGGGCUUUUAUAUUUAAUGGCCAAACUUACCAUUUGGAUUAUAAUUUCAGUGGUUUGGUUUGCAUUACAUAUAACGACGAUUAACGUACAGAAACUGUUUGGACUUACUUUUAGCUCGAGAAGUCUGUUGAAACUUGAGUCCCCCUCCCUUUCCUUGAACAGGGUAUUAAUUUGCUUGAUCACCCAGAGUUGGUAGAAUAUAUUAGCUCAUAACAGUAACCUGCUUAUUGGGUGUUUUCUUUCCUCUGGGGGGAGGAAGUGCAUGCUGAACACAUCAUUUACGAAAAAGGAGGAUUAUAAGCACAUGUGUUUAACGGAAGUACAGUAUGUUAUUGCUGCCUCGGGUUCCGAGUCUCAUGAAACCGUUGCAUAUGAUUACAUCGGCUUUUAAUUUAGAAUAGCCUUUAAUUACACAGACGUUGUUGCUCAUUUCCAGUCAUAUUGACUGUUGUGCUACUAACAGUUGACAACAUUUGUAUGCACAGAAAUGGCCUCUUCACAAGCAGCAUAUCUUCCAAAAUAAUGCAAACGGUUUGAAAUAAAGGUAUGAGCAGCUUCCAUCUGCAGAGGUGCUCUCUGAGGGAACUUUCAUUGGAGUAAUCUUUUUGUAACACCAAGGACCUUCAUGUAAAAGAAAUGCAUUUGUAAAAGUUUUUGUAAAAGUGUACUUGUGUAUAUAGGUCACUAAAAAUGCUGUUUGAAAUAAAGUGAAUUUUCCGUUA